GUGUAUAUGUUUCUGCCAGAGACCGAUGAGCACAUGCGUGCCUUUGCAGAGGAAGUCUUUGCAUCUGAGACCAAAGGUGAGGGCGUCCGCGAUGAGAUUUCCAUGUUUGAAGAACAAGAUGACUGUCCCAUCCUUAAACAGGAAAUGGCCUACCACCUGCACACUGAACAAGAUGCUGAGAAACGGUGGGUAUUAGCAGAGAGGAAGAUGUGAAGCGAGAGGGUUUACUCUGGAAAAAAUCUGUCCAGGAAAAUAAGACCACGAAGUGAGGAAUUUUUCUAUGGAGGUAAACGAAAAAUGUAAUUACUAAUUUGCUACCUAAGGCUUAUUUGAUCGAAUAGAAGUGUCAUAAUGGUUAGGUUGUUACAAAUGAACUGAUAUAAGUGGACGCAUGUGGCAUUUUGUCAACAUAAAAAAAAAUAUAUAUAUAUAUUUAAAAAGAGUUGUGCCUGUUGGUCACAUGCGUAUCUGCUCUCUCAUUGGCUAGAAUGGUACCACCUGAUCUCGCCUGCCUUCAAUCAUUGAGGUCAUGUAUUUCCACUGUUAGAGUGGUCACUCGACCACUUUGGCAAUAUAAUAGGGGAGAGGCGAUAAGGACACGCCCAGUCCCCAAAAUGUAUUAAGUAUAGAGAACAAUAGUAAUGGCGUCUUUUUGUAGGCACUAACUCCAACCAUGGUUGUUUUUGUAGGGUUUUUGGAUAAAUGCCGAAAAUAAGGUAUGCGGUAAACACAGGCUUAGGAGAUCUUAUACGUUUUGUUCUAUGAGAAUCUUCAUCAGAUAACGUCACUUUUUGUGAAUUUUGAAGCAUGUAUGUAAUUUAAAAAAAACCCACAUAAAGCACAAAGGCUUCAUAAUUCUUAAAGGUCAUGUUAACUGACUGAUAUUAUAUCAUAGAACAAAACGUAUAAGAUCUCCUAAGCCUGUGUUAACCUCGGCGUUUAUCUCAAAAACCUAUUCUUUCCACAUUCAUUUUCCCCAUAGGAAUGGCUGAAAGAAACCAGAGGUAACUCAUUUCCGUUUUUUAGGACUACAAGCGCUAUGUCGCUUGAAUGGUGACGAACAAAUUCAGUUCAGUCAGUCCUCCUAAUGACUCCCCCUCGCUGCUUGUGGGUAGAAACUUCACCCUGAAUUUGAAACUUGUCUGCCGAAGUUGGGACAGUGUUUAGAAUCAUUCCGUUUUCAGAGUAAUUGUUCGAUUUUUUUAAAUACAAAAAUGUAUUCGUUAAUACCGUAGUUGUACAUUUUCGGUGAAAAUCACUACAUAUGAAUGCGCUUUAGCUGUUAACCUGGCCUGAUAUUGGUUACACUAGCUAGCUACUUCCCACUCCUUACUACCGGACAGCAGUGCUCGGCAAGCGGGAGCGAAGGACACUGUGCCCCGCGUGUUGUGUUGCCAGCUUGCAGCGCAAACGCUCCCCAUUGAGCAAGUAGACAAUCACGGUGACAUCCAGAUGGUUACUACCAAUAUUACAAGUUAUUUCUCGUGUAGGCUGUUAUCCUACUCUAAAUAUAAUCAAGUGGGAUGGAACAAAUUGGCAACGUUAGCUACCGCCAGCGACGUGAUACAGCUGCCCAGUGGGAAGCACCUCGAUAAAAGACCCUUGCACUGGUCAUUCGCACCAACUUGUCGUUACGUUAGCUAAUUGGCAUGUCAUGGUGACCAAUACUACAAGUUAUUAUAAAUAUAUAUACGUUUUAACUAGCGCCAUGCUGCUGUUGCCAGGCCAGCAUAAACUAACGUGCUGGGAUGGGCUCAUCAGGAAGACUGACUGAACCGAAUACAUUCGUCUCAACUCUCAGCUGGGUGACAUAUGUCACCAAUUUGAGUGUACCAGGCAUGUCCGUAUAGCCUCGCCCUUUGCCUUACAACUAAAUCCACUGUUUGUCUGUCGCGCCUCCCCUGUCGCUCCGCAGUAAGAAGAGACUGCAAAAGUGUCGCACCAUGACUUUGCCUUCCUCCAUGAGUGACCAGGCCAGGAAGGUGCUGGCACCUGUGGCGGAGGUGUUGUUGGACACCCCAACCUACCUAGAAGUGCCUGACUUCCAGAGAGUGUCCAUCAUUGGAGACUACGCCUCUGGGGUAUUAUAUCUUAGCUACGUAGCCUAUGUUUCUCUCUUAUCCAGGUUAGUCUUAUUGAGAUCAAAUCUCCUUUGCAAGAGAGACCUGGUCCAACAGGAUGGGCACCACUCAUAAACUCAUAUAUAACACAUUAUCUAUGCUGUCGCCUCCCUCUCCCCCUCAAAUAGCAGCAAAAGUCUCAUGGCUCUGGGUAUGAACUUGACCACUAUGGCUAGUAUGUGUCUCUGGGUCUGGGUCAUUGACCUCCUGUAGGGAAGCCUCCUCAAAGGAAUAGAUCCCUCUAGACUGGAGACUAGGAGCCCACAGCGGCUGUCCAGGUUUAAGUUUAGAAAAUGUGGCUCUGACAUUUACAGAGAAAUCGAUUAGUUACCGGAGUGUAACUCCAGUUCUAUGAGUGGAGCGGAGCCCCAUAGGGGAGCUCUGCUCCUAGUGGUUUACCCUCUGCCCUAAGGCAGCAACAGCCUGAGACAAAAUUAUGCACACACCUGCAGCCAAUAGGAGCACAGGUGUCCCUAUAAGAGGGGAUGCCUCCCCUCAAUCAGCCUCCCGAGAUAUUUAUCUUCAGCGAGACUAGAGAGGGUCGGCAGGGCCUUAAGUCCUAUGGGGCUCCGCUCCACUCAUAGAACUGGAGUUACACUCCGGUAACUAAUCGUUCUAUAUCGUGGAGCUCCGCCCCAUAGGGGAGCUCUGCUCCUAGUGGUUUAAGGCGGAGCGUAGCGCUCCAAAAUGUACUCCCUGCCGAGCCUAACACUUCCCAUCGAAACGAAAAGGUCAGGCCUAGCAAUGGCUGCAACCAAGUCCCGCAGUACUGCAACUAAAAACCCCUACGGGCAUCACAAUAUACCGCGUCAUCGGUUAAAGACCCGCCCCACCUAGUCCAAUGGCAAUGCCAAUGACUAGUGGGCAGAUCACCAGAAUAGAAGCCAUACUAAUCUGUACUAGCAGAUAGAUGUGCCUCAAUAUCCUGUGAAAACACUACCGACCACUAAUGGAAUGACACCAAGUGUCACUCUACAUUGUGAACGCGGUAGACCGCCUCACUCACUCAAUGGAAUCCCAGAGAUUAGUGGGCAGGAACAAAACAUGGGUCAUACUAAACUGAACAAGCAGAUAGAUGACCUCACAUUCUGUCAAUCAACACAUGCCUCUACUGUACUGAACCUGUCAGUCAGGAGUCAUGCCACAAAAUAUGUUUUCUUAUCCAAAGCGGACCUGAUGGAAACCUUGUCCAUAGUCCUGCUUUUUCCUCUCUUCCUAGCUCAAGAUCUCCCUUCAGCUAUGCUGAGUACAGACCGAGCCAAAGAGUUAGAAAACAUAUCUGUCAAAAACACGUCUUCCUAACCAAAGCGGACCUGAUGGAAACCUGUGUCCACAGUCCUGCUUCUCCUCUCUUUCUUGCUCAAGAUCUCCCUUCAGCCACGCUGAGUACAGAUCGAGCCAGAGAGUUAGAAGACAUAUCUAAGAGAUAGAAACGGAUAAAUGGAGACGGCGUCGACCAGGAUGCUGCUCUACAGAUAUCCUCCACCCCUGUUCCUCUGAAAAGGGCAGUAGAAGCCGCUACUCCACGAGUGGAGUGAGCUCUGAUACCCUGAGGCAAUUGCCGCCCCGCUGCCUCAUAAGCUGUCUCAAUGCCUUCACAAAGCCAGUGAGACAACCGCUGUUUUGAAAGUGGUCUACCUAGUGCAGCCGCACCGUGACACACAAACAACUGAGGCGAUGACCUAAUCGCUGCUGUGCGCUCGACGUAACACGCCAAAGCGCGUACCGGGCACAGGCGAUGGAGCUUUUCCUCACUCCUCUCUCUAUGAGGAGGAGGAGAAAAAGCCCACAGCUCCACGGUCUGUGACCUAUAUGAACUCUUAAUAACCUUCGGCACAAAUGCCGGGUUAGGACGUAACACUGCUCUGCUCAGGUCACCAUUGAUGGCCAGGCAGUCAGGUCUCGUCGAAAGAGCACACAAAUCACUGACCCGCUUAGCUGUAGUCAAAGCGAGCAACAGUGCUGUCUUCAUAGACAGCAUCUUGAGGGGUAUUUGAUUCAAUGGCUCGAACGGCGACUUACAUAGCGCUUCGAGUACCAAAUCCAAAUCCCACUGAGGAAGCGUGACUCUAGGUGUUGGCCUAAGUCGCCGCGUUCCUAAUAGGAAGCGUUUCACUAGAGGGUGGCUAAAGACAUUGUCUCUGCCAAACCCCUCUUGACAAGCUGAAAUCGCUGCUGCAAACACCCUAAUAGUGGCAGGCGAUUUUUGCUUAUCAAACAUGAGCUGUAGAAAAGAGAGAAUACUCUCCACCUGACAGCUCAUGGGGUCUACACCUUGUGUGACACACCAUCGUGAAAACACGUUCCAUCUACUGGCAUACAUCUUAGAAGUGGAACUGGCACGUGAACCCUGUAUGGUCCUGAUCACUGCAUCAGAUAACCCAUGGCGCUCUAGCCUGUCCCUCUCAGCAGCCAGGCCUUCAGUGGUUGGCCGAUUAUGGGCAAUUUCCCUAUCGUGCCUCCCGCCUGAGACAACGCGUCCCGUCGAUGUGGAAUUGGCCAAGGUGGCGCAAUCAACAUCUGACUCAUCUCCGCAAACCAAGGAGCCCCCGGGCGAUCGGGCGCUAUCAGUAUCACUGACAGCCCCCCUGACCUCACCCUGGCUAGCAGUGGGAGAAUGCAGGACAGCGGAGGGAAUGCAUACAGGAGAACUCUCGGCCACGGUUGGUGCGCAAAGGCGUCCCUUCCCAGUGGCGGUUCGUCCUGUUCCCUCAGAGAGAACCACAGAGGACAUUGCGCGUCCGGAUGCAGACACCACUCGUCGUCUCGAGGACCCCCUCUUGACAUGAGGUCUGCUCCUACGUUCAAGUAGCCCGGAAUGUGUGCUGCUCUCAAUGAGCGAAGGUGCUCGUGAGCCCACAGCCACAAUUCCUCUGCCGCCCGAUGGAGAGCAGGAGACCUGACUCCUCCCUGGCGAUUUAUGUGAGCUACUGUGGUCCGGUUGUCUGACCAGACCAGCACAUCGCGACCCCGAAGGGUAAACGCGAAGUGGGUCAGAACCAGUCAAACCGUUUCCAACUCCAAGAGGUUGAUAUGACGACCUGAUUGAGGCCACACACCUCCUAUCGCUUGGGUCUGACAUGUCCCUCCCCAUCCCGUCAGGGACGCAUCCGUGAAUACUGGGAUGUGAGAGGACACCUUUCCUAUCGGGACUCCGUGCGUGAGAACGCGCGGGUUUCUCCAAUAGUUCAGAUCUGCACUGAGCGAGAGGGGAACCACCACCAACCGAUGACGUUGACGCAAUGGGUCUAGUCUUAGUUGGGCGAACCAUCGCUGCAUCCUGCGCAUAUGCAGGAGUCCCAGCGGAACCACAGAGUGGGCUGACGACAUGAGACCCAAAAGUGACAUGAUCGACAGCGCCGUCACCGUGUGAUUCGGACGACACUUCCUCAGGGCUAGCAACAAGGCUACCCUUCGGGGGUCCGAAAUUCGAGCCCUCAUCCUCACAGUGUCUAGCUGUAUCCCCAGGUAGACAAUCUGAUGAGUGGGCCAGGGCGCGCUCUUUUUCCAAUUCACAGCAAACCCCAGACUUGUGAGAUGCAUCACUGUCUGUGUUGUGUGAGUGAUCGCCAGCUCUGCUGACGGGGCGAGAACCAGUAGAUCGUCCAGGUAGGCUAGUAGCCGUAUUCCCUGACGACGCAACGGUUCCAAUGCCGCCUCCACACACUUGGAAAAUGUGCGAGGUGCCAGGGCGUACCCAAAUGGCAUCCUCGUGUAUUCGUACGCCACCCCUUGAAAGGCGAACCGCAGAAACUUCCUUGUGACGCGGCUGAACCGGCACAUGAAAGUACGCGUCCUUUAGGUCUAUGCUCGUACAAAGUCCCCUCUCUGGACACAUUCCAGCAGACGUUUUGUCGUUAGCAUUCGGAAGGGCCGUUUGGUUAUGCUCUCGUUGAGAAUGCGUAAGUCCAAAAUCGGCCUCACUCCCCCCGUCUUUUUGGGCACUAGGAAAUAAGGCGAAUAUAGCCCUUUGUUCCUUUGCUCCCGGGGAACUACUGUCACCGCCUCCUUCGCCAAAAGUUCCGUAAUCUCUGUCAUCAGAGCGGCCACUUUGUCUGGCGUUUUCAUCACCGUCUCCACCACUCCCCUGAACGGGGGUGGGGUCCGGUGGAAUUGGAGAGCAUAACCCUUCUGCAACGUCUGUUCUAGCCAGCGUGAGAGGGUGCAGCUUCUUCGCCACUGCCAGCAAUGCAGAGAAAGCGGCUGAGCACGAAGCUGUGGUGCAUCCAGUAGGAAGGACCUGUAUUCCUCUAUGGCCCUUACCGCCACUGUUCCCCAACAUUGAAGUGGUGGAACAGCCCAAGGUGGGCCUCCCGUGAAAGGGAGAGGAACCAUCAAUGCGUUCUGAGAGAGAAAGAGGAGCAGGGACGUCGGUUAAACUCAUAACCGUCGUAUUCCUGCCCUCCUUGAACGCAUCGCGGGUCUGAAUUGCGCUGACCGAGGUCACAGCCUGCGGCAGGGCACCAUCCCCAGCAAGCGAUUGCGUCAUCUUAGGUGACUGCAAUUCGCUAUCAGAGCCCUUCACUACAGUACUCCUAGAAGUCUGUAGUAUGAGGUCUCUAUGAGGUAAAACAAGGCGGCGCCUUGAUACCUUCUUAACUUUCACCUUCUGUGUGUGUUCAACUCUGCACCCCUGGUGGGUUGAUUCACACUCAGUGUGGUGAGUACUAGCUCGUUCUGUCAGGGGAGCCGACACGUUGGUUAUACCCAUAACCCUAGUAAUCCGGCCCUCCGUGAACGUAGCAUAGGUCUGAAUCGCAUUAACCGAGACCUUGGUCUGUGAUAAUGCGCCGUCCCCAGAUAGCUGCUGUGUUACAAUGCCUGGGGGCGCCGAUACUCUGGACACCUUCGUGACCGCGGUAAUCGGGCCCUCCGUGAACGCAGCAUGGGUCUGGCUCGUACUAGCAGAGACAUUGGUCUGUGCUAGUGCGCCAUCCCCAAAUAGCGGCUGCGUCCUCAUGUCAGAAUCUGACAGAGACUGCUGCCUGCUAUGUAAAGCACUUCUUAUACGUGAAGUGUGAUGUGACGACCUGAUUGAGGUCUUAUGGAUACCUACUCUAAGUGCCUGUUCAGCAACGCACCUUCGGUGGGCUGAACGGCUCUUAGAGUGGUAAGGAAGAGAGGGUGAGAUUUGAACGCUCUCGGACGUAUUAUGGAAAAUAGGCUCUUUUUUGACAAAGUCAGGUGGAGCCAACUCUUUAUUAAACACAUCAACAAAGGCAUUUACAUCAACACCCAUCCCUUCAACCGAAGGGUGGGGGGGAACAGUGGGCACGUUCGACACCAUCGACGCGUCCUCCAUCCACUCCCCCGCGUCCCGUCACGUACGCCUCCUUUUGCCUCCCUUGGAGGGCCAGGUCGGCGUCCUCGUCACCUCCCUCGCCGGCUGAAGUGGGGCUACUGUAGCUGCUGGAAGGGCGGGGCCCGUUCCCUUGCUGCUCGCUGCCGCCGGAUGACGCCGAUUACGCCGCCUCGCUGUAGACCCCGGUCUACUUUGAGGGGCGGAGGUAGAUGGCCUCUGGGACGGAGCGGGGCCGAGUCGUCCUGCCAACGGCAGGUGCUUGGCCAGCUGUUUCUUCUCCUCCUCCAGUUUGGAAAAACGCUCCGUCGCCUCCUUGACUGCGACCCCAAAGAGGCCGUCGUCAGAGAGGGGGGCGUUCAAGAGAGACGUCCUGUCUGCCUCUUUCAUGGAAGUCAAUGACAACCAGAGGUGUCGCUCCCCGACCACCGAAGUGGCCAUGGACCUCCCCGCGCAGACUGCGGACGCCUGUGUUAGGUGGAGUAUGGCGCCAGAAAUUCUGGACGCCUCCUCCACCUCCUCCGGUGCCAGCUCUGUCUUGCCCGUGGUUAAACGGGACAGAGCGGCCGCCAAGAGGGCAAUGUUAUUAGCUGCUGCUACAGCUUGGGCUCCCAACCCAAAGGACUUCUCUAACAGCGACGCUGUGAGUCGGUCCUUCUGGGAUGGCAAUGUGGCCUUCUUGGAAGAGGGCCAAGGGCUCGAACCCUGUACAAGAUACGCCGCCAUGGCGCUCUCUAACCUGGGGAUUCCCUUGCCCUGGAACCUUCCUUCCACUCUCGUGAAUGGGAGGUACGCUUUCACUGGCGAACGCGCCGCUAAAGGUGCCUCCCACGAGCCCUCAACGUACCUGGCCAAAGAAGGCAUGGCAGGAGCCACUGGCUCUGCCGCCUUCCUCGGCCUGGAAUAAGGACCGCCCUCCAUCAUAUCAACCUCCGGUGCGGAGGGAAGAGGGGGCAGCCUUAUCUCCAGACGUUGCGCAGCUCUCUCAAUAAGACCCGGAAAAUCCGCUCUCAGAGAGGCUGCAGCGAAGGACAGGGCUUCUGAUCUCUCAGAGCUCGUGUCCCCUUCGCUAUAGGGACUACAAGCCCUCUCGCUUUCCAAGGGAAAGGGGGGCUUGAAAAUAUGAGGGAUGGGGUCUGACUGUUCCAUCGGAACGCCGGACUCCUCCUCAAAAUCCCUAUCCUCCCCCGAGUCUGCGCCGUCGGACGACGCCUCUGAAGCAGAGGCUAGUAUCGACAGCACGUCCUCAAGGGGGAUGUCCUCCCUAAAAAACGCCCAACGCUGCUUCCUCUCCUUUAAAGAAAGGAGGGCGCAGGAGGCGCAAUUCGGGGGACUGCAGACGCCUUCCUUGGCAUGCUGGGAUCCCAAACACACGAAACACAGGUCGUGGUGGUCACCGGCCGCCAUAGAAGUGCAUCUGCACUGAGCUCUGAAAAUAGCUUUUGGGGGUGGGAAAUCUCCCGGUGUGCUCAUUUAGACGACGUUGAUGACUGGAAUAUCAACGGCGUUUUCGUCCUGAGUCUUCGUGCUUCGUCUCUUCUUGGCUCUUCAGUCUAGUCAUCCAGUCGCUGAAGAUAAAGGGAGGCUGAUUGAGGGGAGGCAUCCCCUCUUAUAGGGACACCUGUGCUCCUAUUGGCUGCAGGUGUGUGCAUAAUUUUGUCUCAGGCUGUUGCUGCCUUAGGGCAGAGGGUAAACCACUAGGAGCAGAGCUCCCCUAUGGGGCGGAGAUCCACGAUAUAGAACAUAAGGAGGAGGUGGGGCCUGCUUAUGAAACUGUUUGUAGUUCACUUUCCAACUUAAGCACUACUACAUAACCCACUUAUGAAUAUUACCUAAUUAUUUGGUCCCAUUGUAAACCGACAACUUGCUGACAAUUAUCCAUUUGUGUUAGAUCAGUGAUUACUUCAAGGAAUGGAGGGAUGCAUUUUUUUUUUUAAAGUAUUGGAACAGGGCACUUAUUCCAUCAUUCCCCUCGCUACUCUUAGGUGACCAUGGAUGACUUUGAGCUUUCCUGUAAGGGCGUGUACCGUGCGCUGACCAUCAGAGAGAAGUACAUGAGGCUGGCCUACCAGCGCUUCCCCCUCACCACAUCCCAGUACCUGAGGGAAAUUGAGGGAGAGCCCUUUAAGCCUGAACACUCAGUGCAACCAGGUAAGUGAAUAGGCUGGCAAGUGUGAAUGUAAAUGUCUGGGGUAUGCAUGCAGUAGUUUCUCGUGACAGAUUACUGCCAAGAAAGUGUCUAACAGCUACCAUUUUGUUUGCCAGUCUUCACAUCCCCACCCAAGGAGGGCGAGGACCCCUUCAACACCAAGUGCCUGCCUGAAAACCUGAGCUGGGUAGCGCGUAUGAAGAACGGUAUCAUCUACGUGUACAAAGACGCGGCAGCGGCCGACCAACACAAACCCAUCGAGAACAUGCCCGCCCCCCACUACGAAACCUUCAUCGACGACAUGAACUUCCUCAUUGCUCUGAUUGCACAGGGCCCAACGUGAGUCUUACUGAACGAUGGGAGGUCAACUCCAACCUAACUUCGUUCCAAGACACUUCCGCCCAAAUGCGCAAAGAGUCUGGUUGACCAAAGCGGCAAACUUGGCCUCGGUUAGCCAAUACAGAAAUAUCUGGAGAAACUCCUUACACAUAGGCAUUGGCAUAAUCUACCAACCAAUCAUCUCCCACAACCCAUUCUUCCCCGGUAUGUGUCUUGUGCGCAACACAAAUUCCUGCCCGGGUCCUGCCUCCAUUUGGAGCCACGCCUCGCAGUCGUGUGAUUCACUAAAAUGUAAUUACAAAUACUUUAAUCAGUAAGGUCACUCCCAUAAAAUUAUAUUGUCACUCCCACUAAGGCCAACCUUGAAACGUUGAUGUUUUUACAUUUUUAGUCAUUUAGCAGACGCUAUUAUCCAGAGCAAUUUAUAGUAGUGAGUGCAUACAUUUUCAUAUUUGUUCAUACUGGACCCCCGUGGGAGUCGAACCCACACCCUGGCGUUGCAAGUGCCAUGCUCUACCAACUGAGCUCACGGGACUAUGGCCUAGGCUUAUAUGCAUUUAGCCCAAGAAUGUACUCAAGGAGUGUAGUCGAGCCUACCGUUACUCCUUAAGGUCCUAACCCUAUAAAGGUGUGUAGUAAAUAGUUUUGAAAAUUAUUUCUCGCUGAUAUAUCAAAGAUACGUCCCUUAGGUUUCCAAAACCGUACCACAAGCUAUCCAUGUUCAUGUUCAGACCGAGCAUCGUGUCUCUUUUAACAAAAGUCUCCCUGGAAGAAGAUACCUUCAUUAAUAGGCACUAAAGCUAGUUAGCUACUAUGAUUGGGGUAAUAUGUGCUGUGCGCAAUAUCCUGGGGACGAGGUUAACUCCAGCCCAGCAGAUCCACAGCAGUGUGUAUGUGCUGGCUUUUGAUCCAACCCUGCUCAAACACUUGCAUCACUAAUUGGUCUUUUGACCAAUCAGAUCAGCUUUUGCCAAUAAUUGGGCAAAAGAUCAUAAUUGGACUGCCUGUGUAAAUGCAGCUUUAGGGCUGGUCUGGAACAAAUAAUCCAACAUAUGGACAACAUAUCACACCACAAAAUGCCUAACAACUUUAUAAAUUCCACAUUACAUUUUUGCCUGUCUUUCCUGGGUGGCAGUAAGACAUACACUCACCGUCGUCUGAAGUUCCUCAUGUCCAAGUUCAACGUGCAUGAGAUGCUGAACGAGAUGGAGGAAAUGAAGGAGCUGAAGCUGAACCCCCAUAGGGACUUCUACAACUGCAGGAAGGUAGAUAGCUACCGCCUUACAAAACAUAUACGCAUUAGCCUAGCUUAUUAACACUCUUAAGACCUCUUGGUGUAACGGUUAAGGUGUUGGCUUAACACACAUGCACAACCAGACAUUGAUUUAUUGAUCGGAGACAGCUUGUGUCAAUUACAGAACAGUUACUAGGAUUUUCUGCCUGUAGUAACACUAGUGGAUAAUGCUGAAAAUACCGGAGAAAGCAGGUUUUGACUAGAUAGUAUACAGCUUGUCAGAAUUUACUUUUCGUAGCAGGUCAGGAUAAUUAGGUUAAGGUUAGGAAAAGGGUUAGCUAAAAUGCAAAAUAAAGAAAUACAUUUUUGACGUCAAUUUGACAUAAGGUGUAUCCUCCCUAGCCAUGAACGUAAAAGCACAGUGUACCAUUUCCUCACCUAAAAGCAGGGCCCUAGACAUGGUCAAUCACAGAGCACAUUAAACACUCAAAAUAACUGCCUGUAACAGGGCAAUCUUCACCCUAUUACAUUUACAUUUUAGUCAUUUAGCUGACGCUUUUAUCCAGAGCGACUUAGUUAGUGAGUGCAUACAUUUUUCAUACUGGCCCCCCGUGGGAAUCGAACCCACAACCCUGGCGUUGCAAGCGCCAUGCUCUACCAACUGAGGUACAGGAGGCUACACCAGUUUCAUUUCAUAAAAAAAAAAAAAAUUACAUAAUAAAGACCUUUCAACAGAUAUCUUAUAUUUGUGAGUGCAAAUGAUGUCUAUGGGCAUUAGAGUAGGCUACUUUAACUUCUUACAACCAGGGUGCAACUUCUGCUUCUGCUCCCAAAUAACAAAUGUUGUGAGCUCUGCUCCCCCUGUUGUUCAAGCAGUGUCAGUACACCACAAAGAGAACUCAUAAUAACUAGUAACUCAUAACUAUUUUUUCUCAUAACUCCUGUUUGUGCUGUUGUAGGUAGACACCCACAUCCAUGCAGCUGCCUGCAUGAACCAGAAGCACCUCCUGCGCUUCAUCAAGAAGUCGUAUAGGGUGGACGCUGACCGUGUAGUGCAAAACAUCAAGGGAAAAGAUGUGACCAUGAAGGAGCUGUUUGCCAACCUCAACCUGCACCCCUAUGACCUCACUGUCGAUUCCCUGGAUGUGCAUGCUGUGAGUCCUACCGCUAGCUAGUGUAGCGAUCAAAGGGGGAAAGCAGUCUUGUGGCCAAAGGGCAAGUGUGCUACUACCUCCCGUGUCAUAAAGGUCCAGACCUCUUGGCAGAAGCCGUAGAAUGCUUACAUAGUAAAAUACAUAUGGAACUUUGAUAUUUUGAUUAUUUUUCCAUUGGCAAUGUGAACAUUCCCUGGUCUUACAUGCUUCUCUCGCCCUCUUCUCUUAAGGGCAGACAAACCUUUCAGCGUUUUGACAAGUUCAAUGCUAAGUACAACCCUGUGGGAGCCAGUGAGCUGCGUGACCUGUACAUGAAGACAGAGAACCACAUCGACGGAGAGUACUUCGCCAGGAUCAUUAAGGUUAGACUCUGCUAUGGCUGUGUUAGUAUCCCUUUUGUAAACACUGCUUAAUUACAACCAGCUAAUUCUCAAUUUUUUCGCACCCAGGAAGUGGCCUCUGACCUGGAGGAUGCCAAGUACCAAUAUGCCGAGCCCCGUCUUUCCAUCUAUGGCUGCAACCCUAACGAGUGGACCAAGCUCUCCGGCUGGUUCAACAAGCAUAGAGUCUUCUCCCCUCAACUCAAGUGGAUGAUUCAAGUGCCCAGGAUCUAGUAAGUUCUAUCCCUCUGUUCAGUGAAUGUCCCUCUGUUCUUUCUGCACCCUUUUUUCGAUCAGAUUAUUCAGGAAGAGUUAGAAAUACUAGAGGCAUGGACAUACAGAGUUUGGCAAUCUCGGUAUACAAGUCUACUAUUUUAUGAAUGUCAUGUUGGCACUCAAAGUAAAAUAAACAACAGAACAGAAUAUAUUUGUAAAUGGCUCUCUAAAUAAUGAUAUUUGUGCAUUUAGAAAAAUGUCUGAAGAACUUCUAACCGCUCAUUCUCUGUACUACCACCUCAGUGACAUCUUCAGAGGCAGGAACUUUGUGCCCCACUUUGGAAAGAUGCUGGAGAACAUCUUCCUGCCUAUUUUCCAGGCCACCAUCGAACCCCAUGCCAACCCUGAGCUCAGCAUCUUCCUCAAGCAUGUGAGUGAGACUGGCAUGAGGGACCAGGGAUAAAGGAGGUUUACAUUAUAAAUUGAUACUUUCAAGGGGUAUUUCACUCAAAUGUCCUAAUUCAUGAUUGUUCUCCAGCCUUGAUGGACUUUUUUUCAGAAGGGAGGAAUUUUAGUUAAAAAUUUGUUUUGGACAUUUUCAAUCACUUUAUAAAAUGAAAGAUUGGUUUGAAAUAUGUUGAAAAUGCAUUGAAUAUCAAGGCAAUCUCUUCAUUCUCCUUCUUUCGCCGCUCUGUAGGUGACAGGAUUCGACAGUGUGGAUGACGAGUCCAAGCACAGUGGUCACAUGUUCUGCACCAAGAGCCCCAAGCCAGAGGAGUGGGACAUUGUCAAGAACCCCUCCUACACUUACUACAUCUACUACAUGUAUGCCAACAUCACUAUGGUCAACCAGCUCCGGAAGUGAGUAUCACAUGUCAAUCACAAUCUACACGUCCUUCAAGAAAUUAUUUCAGAAAAAGUUCAAAUCAAACAUGAUACACCCAUAUCAUUAUCAGUGUCUUAGAGUACAUGGCCAUCAUUCUGUCUCUGAGUCUGUGUUUCUGUUUGCUUCCUAGAGCUAGGGGAAUGAACACCUUCCAGUUCAGGCCCCACUGUGGAGAGGCUGGAGCCGUCACCCAUCUGCUGGCCUCCUUCAUGACCGCUGACAACAUCUCUCACGGCCUCAAUCUCAAGAAGGUCAGUAGCCUCCAAACAAAAUAGCCUCCUCUCUUUCUUUGGCACCAUCAGUGCCUCAACACAUGACACAACUAACUCCUGUGGUCCUAAUGUUGAUGUUUGUAUCUAACACUCCCACCCAACAGAGCCCCGUGUUGCAGUACCUCUACUUCCUGGCCCAGAUUCCCAUUGCCAUGUCUCCACUCAGCAACAACAGUCUCUUCCUGGAGUAUGCCAAGAAUCCUCUUCUGGAGUUCCUCAAGAAGGGCCUGAUCGUCUCCCUGUCCACUGAUGACCCCAUGCAGUUCCACUACACCAAGGUGAGGCCAAACUGGGUGCCCCUCCAGUACUGUGUGGGUUGUGUAGGACAAUAUGUAUGUUUUGGGGCUCUCUUGGUUCAUGUUGGUGCAUUACGUGCCAAUCAACUGACCCAGGGUGCUGUUCAUUGGUUUAACCUUCAAAUUCAAAAUGGCAAGGGUUGAUUUUGAGCUGAUCCUAAAUCAGUUAUAGAGCGUAAGCGAGACACCCAGCUCUGACUGUGUGUCCUCAGGAGCCCCUGAUGGAGGAGUACGCCAUUGCAGCCCAGGUGUUCAAGCUCAGCACCUGUGACAUGUGUGAGAUCUCCAGGAACAGUGUGCUGCAGAGUGGCCUGUCUGAUGAGGUAACAAACCCAACAGACGAUAAACAGGAUAGACAAUAUACUGCCUCAGAGACCCACAAUUUAGCCACACUGUGGCCUGAACUGUCAAUAUAUAUAUAUAUACAUAUUUUACAAAGACAUGCCAUGAUUCAUGGCUAAACUCAGGCUUUUCAAGCAUUUUGUUACAAUACACAGCACUAUAGUAGACUGCCAUGGCUAAGUAUCAUCAGCACCAAAAUGUGUUGCCUUGGGUUUUUAUCUACAGGAGAAGACUCACUUUCUGGGUGCCGACUAUCUGAAGGAGGGCCCUGAGGGCAAUGACAUCCGCAAGACCAAUGUGGCCCAGAUCCGUAUGGCCUAUCGCUACGAGACACUGUGCUAUGAGCUCAACCUCAUCAAGGAGGGUCUGAAGACUGACUGAACAAUCUUAGAUUUUAUAUGUUUUAUGUUAACAGCUCCUGCUAAAUGUAUCGAUUCUUUAAGACAAAGCCGCCUUGUGUAUUAGUGUUCGCUCCAUGGCAAACCACAUGGUCUAUUUAUUAGAAUGGGUAAUGUGUUUUUAGUGUCAUCUGGUGGCUGUGUACAACUCAGUUAAAUUUAACACAGCAUAU